UCCAAAAUUCCGAGUUACGGUUCUUCUUGAGGUCAUGAGUCAGUCAUUAUUGUCUGUCCAUUUCCCGCCAUUUCGAAAUUAUCCGUUAUAAUAAGCAAAGUAAAAGUAUAUUAACAACAAUUCAGAAAUAUAUAUGCAUAAAAGUGUUUAUUCUAGUCGGUAAUCAUUUCUUUCUUGUUAGUUUUAAAUUGUUAAUAGCGUGCCCUAAAAGUACGAAGGACGCAUGGGCUCCGCCAUUUUGACGCUAUCACCAGGUCUAUUGAUCAAUUGCAUCUAUCCCUCUAGGAAGAAUUUCUCACUGGCAUGAUCAUUAUGUGUUUUUGUUGUGGUUUUUGUCAAUUUUUCAAUGCAUGGACCAAAAUGUGAGUGCCGGACACGGCCAGAAGGCCGCAAUAUACAGUGCUAAAUUUCAUAAACUUAUUCAUCUUAAUAAAAUUGGGGUCAAAUAUAGGCUUGUGACGCGUUUUCUUGGUUGUGAUUUUAUGCAGAGAAAGCGGUCACUCUUCUCUGUUAGCCGGGAUACUCCGACUGAGUGGAAUUCCCCCCCAAAAUAACGCGGUUUUGCCAAUCUGACAGCGUUUUAGCUGCUGAUAUUGAUGUUGCGCUAACAAGAAGCGUUGGCGCACUAGGUACAGAUUCGGACUUCGUUUUUCUUGUGUCAGUUUUCAUUUGUACUCAAUAAAAAAGAUGGCUAACAUUUCGAACAAAGAGGAGCCUGUCGACAACAUCUCGUGUGAAUAUGAAAAACAGCGUCAAAGCUUUAUUGCAGACCUUCGGCGUUUCAAUGCAAACAGAGGGACACCAUUUUAUAGAAUCCCUAAAAUUGGAAGCAAGGAAGUUGAUUUGUAUCACCUUUAUCAACGUGUAACAUCAAGGGGAGGAUGGCAGAAGGUAAAUUAUGAACAACAUUGGGAAGAUUUCCAAGAAGAAUUUGGUCUGCCAAAAGGAUGUGUUAAUGGUGCUCAGGCAUUAAAAAAUAUAUAUUUCAGGUAUUUGAAUCUGUAUGAGAAGGUAAACUUCCUUGGUGAAGAUCCAGAUACUCGAAAUAAUGAAGAAGAAGAUGGUCCUGCUAGGAAAAAAAUUUGUUUGCCUAUAGAAACGAUUCCAUUACAUUAUAACCAUAACCAACAUAGACUUACAGAUGCUCAGAGACAACAGUAUAACCUGUCGACUGAUUUGUACGAUCAAAAGGAUUAUGAAAAGCUUGAACUGUCUUUGAGAAGUGGAUUACCAAAUGAAGUGGAUAUGGCAGUGAAUGUGUGUGUGUUGCUUUCUACUGAAGGAAAGCAUUGUAUGAGGCUAGAGAAGACCUCUCACAUGAUUCGCCUUCUUCUAGCUCACAUUGGAAUAUUUGAAGAAGAUUCUGAAGACAUGCAGAAUUUAUAUCAAAACUGUUGGGCAUCUUCAGCAAAUAGAAAUUUUCUGAGGUUCUGGUUUGAAACUGUCAGUAAAAGAGAUGUCAAGGCUCUCAUCACUUGGAAUGGAAAGCAGUAUUCUCAAAAAGAGCAAGUUGGAAUUGAAGUAUUAAACGUCGGUCGAGAUCUUGGAACAUUAGAUGUAGAAGGCCAAAGGGUUUUACAAUUGGCUGUUUUUCUGCAUAAUUUAUCAUUUGAGGAAGCUAACCAAAAAAUACUUGCAAACAGCUAUUUAGUUUACAAAUUUCUUAUGUUGAGUUUGCAUAGCUCUUUUGGUGGCUUAAAACAAUUAGCACUUGAUACUUUGGCUAAUUUAUCUUGUGAGCUUGCACUUGAAUCACUUGGCUCUCGAAAUUCUUCAAUGGUUUUAGAUCUUUUAAACAAUGCCCUCUUCUCAGAGGAUAGAUUUUUUUUAGUUAGAGGCUUGGAGAUCCUUAGUAAAGUAAGUCAGUUGUCGUGUAAUGAAACUUUGUUGUUGGAUCAUCUGAGGGAAGACUUGUACUCACGACUGGUUGCGUUGCUAACAGUACAGGAUAUACAGUUGAUAGUGCACACACUUGAGGCCCUGUAUAAACUCUCUAAAAUUGGAGAGCCCUUUACAACUCGGAUAGCAAAAGUACACAAAGCUAUAGAUACAUUAGUAAGCUUGAUAACAAUUGAAGCCCAGUCUUUUGGCCCAGGCUCAUUGGUUGGGAUUAAAGUAGUGGAAUAUGUACCUCCUGCCCACAUUACAUCUGAAGAUGGGGAUAGUUUGAGAAAACCAACUACUGUGAUACAAUCAAUUAAUCCUGAUUCUGUCAAUAUCUACCAAGUCCCUGCUCAUUCUCAAAAUCAGUUGGGUCUUAUUCCUGACAGUGGAGGUGGAGGUAGUGGACCAGGUGGUGGUGAGCUUUCUAAAGUGGUAACACCUGUAAAAGAAACUAUCACUGAUAUACAAGCAACAACAUCAAGUUGGUUGAAUGCUACAUAUGAGCUGAAGAAGAAAAGCAAAGUGAAUCAAGUGGAAUUAUUCUCAGACUACUUACAGUUUUGUAGAAAAUUUCAAAUUAACAAUGCAAUGUCUUCUGCAGAGUUUUUACAUUUGGUCAAGGUGAUAUUUCAUCAAUGUGAAGUCCUAAGCAUCAACAGAAAAAAUGGUGAUCGAGAUGUUUUCCUGGAAGGGUUAUGUAAGAGACCAACACAAAGACCAUUUGCUGUUACAACCAUGCCAUCUGAUAAAGUUCGUAAUCCCCUUAGUGUGAAUGUAAGCCCUAAACAGACCCAAUCUCAGGUGGUAGACUCUUUAGCUCACACGCCUACGUUACGACAGCGACUCAUGGAGCCGCCUCGUGUUUCUUUACACCCUGAACAUGUUCAUGCAGGUACUUCAUCUACAUCCACAUCGACUACUUCUGCUCAAGGAAGCUCAAGAAAUAAUCAACAAAAUCAUUCCUCUACCCCAAUAGGUCCUGGAAAAGGAGCUACUUCUCUUCAUGGUAAAAUUAUAAAGAAUGGCAAAGUACAGCAGAUAUCAACACCACUUGCUAAAAGAGGAUUGGCAUACAUGGCCAACGACAAUACCAAUUCAACUCAAACUCAUCAGAAUAACCAGAUUAAUAUUAAAAACAUUUCAGCCUCACAAGCUACAAGCUCAGUUGCUUCUCAGUCAUUUCCAUCCAUCAGUCAAGCGCUGCAGACUGAAGUAAACAAUAAAAUGGAUAUUUCUGAUGCUUUAUCUGUCAAAAGCUUGUUGGCUAAAAAGUUGUCUCAGGGUAUUUCUGAUCAAGAGCCAAUAACAAAUACUGGAUCCAACCUGUUAGGUCAGCCUCAGAUAACUGUUAAUUCUGGUAACUUGCACCCACAAUCAUCAAAUUCUCAAAGUCUGGGUGGUAUUGUCAACACUACGGCUGUCAGCUCUAGUCAAGCCACCUUGAACAAACAAUACCGUCCACCCUCACAAGUAAUUACAAGUACGACAUCAACCACACAUGUAAUGUCACCCUCAUUGGUCUCUUCAUCAUCUACGGUAGUGCAGUCCACAUUAGGCAUGCAUAAUCAUACCCUAAACCCCACAGCAGCAUCAACUAGUGCUACUCAGCAUGUGGCUGCACCACUUGUGCACAGCAGUACAGCUAGUCUAGUAAUCCAGCCAAGUACUAAUCAAAACACGGUUUUUAUGCAGCAGAGCAACAUUUCUACUGCUUUACACAAUUCAGCUGUGACUUUAUUCCAGAGAAACUCUGUUCCUUGUGUACAAAACAAUCAAUUUUCUGUUGUGCAACAAAAUUCUCGUGUGUCUGAUGCAAGUCAAGCCAGUAAUAUUUCUAUAGUAACACAGCCUGUUUGCAUGCCAUUGAUACAGCAGAAUUUCAACAACGGAGUAUCGAUGGUUCAGCAGGCCAGUAUUCCAUGUGCUAUCAUGCCGAAAACAUCAACCCUUCAACAAAUUUCUUCUGUAGGUGUUGGUACUACAUCCCAGCCAUCGUCAGUGACAUUUAAUCACUUGAUCAGAAAUCCCUCCAGCGUUUUUGUAACCAAUCCCCAAGGCAGCACAAAUAGCUCUGUGACUAUGACUUCAGUGACAACAAUGCAAGGCACAUCAGUAACUCAAUCAAUAUCCUCACCUGCUGUUGCAGCUCUGCUCAGUUCAACCAACCAACAAGGAUCUCAAAUGAUUAUUUCAUCUCCAGUGAUUGCAGGUGGCUCUGUUGUGCAAGCUCAGCAGCCUGUUUCUGGGCAAGCACCUACCACUGUUGUUAUACAAACGCCACCUGGUACUAUUGUUAUGCCCUCUCGGCAGUUAGUACUACAAGGUAAUGGCUCAUCAUUUGGACAAAUUCAGCAAAGUAGCCAAGGAGGUACUGUCUCGUUUAUUGUACCUUCUCAAUAUAGGCAUGGAGUUACAGUUCAAGGCCUCAACAUCAUACAACAAGGUAGUGUCAAUAUGGUACCUUCUCUGACCAUAGGUAAUACAAAUUCACAACCACAAACUCAAAAUUUAAUUCAAUCUACCCAAAAUCAGAAUAUACUUCAAGUGACACAGAACCCAGCAAAUCCUUCUCCAAAUCCCACAAUCACCAAUCAGCUUGGGCCCAGGCAAAUUGUUCUUGCCCCAAAUCAAACAACAAUUCCAGGUGUUGUGCAACUGUCGGGUAAUUUUAUUAGAAAUACACCAAACAUUUUUACACAGCAGCAGCACACUCAGCAACCUAGUUUUGUUAUUCAAUCCACUGGAAAUCAGAAUUUAACUCAGUCAGUCACCACCUCCACAGUUGGCCUUCAUAAUGUCACGGCACUACCAAAUUCAAAUAUCUCACAACACUCAGAAUCUCUGGUCAUAUCUGACUCCAGUGUAAUAUAUCAGCAGCCUCAGCAACAAAUUAUGAACUCUUCUCUGGUUGUGACAGACAAUACAGUACAGCAGCAAAAUGUACUGUCCACACAGUGCAAUGGUACGAGCCAUGAUAUAAAUGGUGUUUUAGCUUCUCCAGAGUCUGUUUGUAGUGACUUUCCUCCUUCACCACUUUCCACUGGUAUUAGUAUUGAUAAAGAAAUUCAAAAUGGAGAAAAAGACAAUGUAGCUAAAAGAUGUGACAUUAAUAAGUUAAUGGAAAAAACAUCAAAAGUCAAUGGCUUUGUACAUCCAGUAGACAGUUUUGAUUCGAACAAAUCCAAUCAGAUUAUAGAACCAGAAUCUCAAGCAAGUAGGUCAAGUACUGAGAAUCAAGGGUGCGUGUUGGUUAAUGGUGGCUUGCAUCAGUUUAACAUUCCAUCAGCUCAAGUAGCUAACAACAGCAACAUUUCUAAUGGGGCUGCCAGCCAGUCACCAAUUCAAGGUAACUUGACACAGGUGACUUGUAAUGUUGGACCACAGGUAGUUGCUACUGUACAGCAGAUACAGCCCAAUCAGCAGUUAAACAUCCAGUUGCCACAGUUAGCCUCACAGGCUCAGCAGCAAACAAUACAGCUGCAAUCUCAGCAGCAUACGCUUGUACAAGCCCAGCCACAGCACAACACCAGCGUCCAGCAGCCACAGCAAAACAUUUUUAUACAACAAAAUAUUUCAACACAGCAGAGUAUACCUCCCCAAAAUAGUUUGUCACAAAUGCAUGUGAUUUCUACUAGAUCUGUACAAUCAAGUCAGCAAUCGUCACAAACAGUGCAGUCUCAGUUGCUAAUCAAACCUCGCAUUUCCACCCUUCCUUGCCCACCCUCAAAUACAACAAACCAAGGGAGCAACACAACUGUCAAACCUUUAUUUAGUAGAGAUCUUUCAAGAGACAGUGAUAACAGUAAUGACAGUGUCAUUUCUGCCUCUGAUGGUGAUAGGAUGGGAGGUGUAAAUGGUACCACACCAAAUAUUAAAGCAAAACUUAAAGCAGCGGAAACACCUCAAACAACGGAAGUUUUACCACCAAGGCGAAAGAAAAAAGGUGAAACAGAUACUACAACAAUAGCUGGACAACAAACUUCAGCUCAAAAGCCAGUACAGAUUCCUCUAGAAUAUAUGUGUGAAUGGGCUAACUGUCGCAGGUGUUUUUCAAGUGCACGCCUAGUUUUUUUGCAUGUUUUUAAACAUCACAUCCCCAAAGUAACAGAAUCAUCAUGUCAGUGGACAUCUUGUGAAAAGCUGAUUCGGAAGAGAUGGUCACUUGUUUCCCAUGUCCAGGAUCACCAUUGUUCUGAAGCGGCUAUGCGCACAGCAUGUCAGCGUAGGUUUACAGCGAACCAAAAUAAAGGAACUUCUGCUGGACCUGCACCUCAUCAACCUAUGAUUUAUCCCCCUGAUGCUGCCAUGCAAGCUAUACGUCGCUUUUCAAUAAAACAGCCAUAUGCAGAAUUUACUGAGCAAAGAGAAGGUCCUGUAUCAAAGCAUAUAAGGUUAACAGCUGCACUUAUUUUAAGAAAUGUCUGCCACUUUUCAUCAACAGGAAGAAGAUUAUUACGUCGACAUGAACAACAGUUGAACUACCACACAAUGAAUGCUGUUGAAGCAUCCACAGCCCUUUCCCAUUGUUUAUGGGAAAUAGUACAAGGCUUUGAACAAAAGAACUUGUAGCAGUGUCUGCUGAAUAAUAAUGAAUGUUUCUAAAAAGAUUAAGUAUUUACUAAAAAAAUAUUAAUAGUUUAUACUAAUAGAGAACUCUUAUAUGAAAAAUUACUUGUUUUAGAAAGAAGUAUUAGAGGUCACUAUGAAGAAGUUUCACAUGGCAGUAUUAUUACCUCUCCUCACAAUUUAAACCAAAAAUGUUAUUAAUAUAUUUAAAACUUUUUCAAUAAUUGAACACAAUUUUAAAAAUAAAGCUGUUAAAAUGAGCAACUUGUUCUCUUAAAUUUUUAAUCAGAACCUUGCUAAAGUUCACAUUUUAUAUAAGUAACUUUUUGAAGUAAAGUGAGUAGUUAUUUGUCUCUCGCUUAUUGUUAUUUAAAAGGUGCUGCUGACAACUGGUUGUCCCCAACCAGGUUACAUUGUUGUUGGUGAUUUUAGGAUGGUAACAAUAAGUUGAAUUCAACUUUAAGGAAUGUUGAUGAGCUCAUUAACUAUUUUUUUCUAUUCCUGUAUGUAGUUAACAAUCUGUUUAAAUAGUUAUACAUUAAAAGGACCAAUUGAAACUGUGCUUAGCUGGAUACAUUUAUUUCCACAAUUAAAACUUGAAUCUUCUAAUGCUGCAUUUGUAUGUUGUACAUAAAAAUGGGUUGAGAAAGGGCAAUUGUAAAUAUGAUAGAACCAGUGAUGUAAAGAUGGAGUUGAAUGGGCUAUGUGAUUGUCUGUACAUUCCUCAGUUCAACAGUGACAACAUAUUUUAUGUUAGUUUACAUUUUUAACAUGGGAGAGCAAUUUUUUUUCCACCUUGAUUGUAAGAAAAGUAAUGUUGUUAAAACGUUAAUUAAUAAAUGGAUAUUUACUGAAUUAAUUGUAGUGCCUUCAGUGUAGAAGAAUUGAACUUUUUUUUAAAAACAUGCUUGCUCUUAGUUUUAAACAUUUUCCAAUAUAUGGGUUAAUUUGAUGCCUUGAGAUAACCAAAAUGAAAACACAUUGAUUUAUGGUAAUAAAUUUAUUCAAAGUAUUGCAUAGCUUACAUAGAAAGUGUAUAUAUGUACUUAAGUCUGCAGAAUACUGAAGAUCUUAUUGUAUUGAUAUAUUAAAAAUGGUUUCAUGGAGUUGCACAUGUGCCUUGAAGAUAAAAACAUGAUCUGUGUAUCUUGGUCCCCCUUAUUGCUUAAUAACAUAAUACAAUUUAUAGAACCUGACGAGAAUAAAAAAUAUAUAUCCUUAUUAACUGUUAAGUCACCCAUGUCAUUAGAGAUGUAUACAUUGAGAGCAUCGAGUUGUAGCUUAUGGUGAAAUGCUGUGUUUUUCACUUGAAGCAGUUAGCGCUCCCAUUAAAAUUGUUGUAUGUUCUCUUGAAGCAGUCAAGGGAUCACUGUUAUUAUCUUCACCUGUCCACUUCCAUGAGUCUAUUUUUUACCUGAAGAAAUAUUUUUUAAUCUCUGUACAUACUGAUGUACACCUGUGGUACUGUCCUGACAAAAUGUUAACUAUUUAUAUCAAAUGAAAUGAAAGGUGUAAGUAAAAUUCAUUGUACUCACUGUAUUAUUCAAAGUUUAAUGAUGUUUUUUUUUUUUUUUAACUAAUUGCGGUAUCUAUGUGACAAUGUGAGCUUGGCACUUGUAAAUAUUGCUGCUAACUUAUCAUUGUGUUAGCUGAACAAAUCUUCAGUGUUGUCAUUCAUUGUCUGCCAGAGCUGGGUCAAUAUGUUCUAGUAAAGUAUGUUGAAUGUAUAGUUGUUAGAAUCCAGGUGUCACAACUCUCCCUGCCUGCAUGGGAGACAACCUUGAUGACAAAGCGGGUUCAUUUGAUUUAAAAAAAAAACAUUUUUUAUUGCAUAGCUCAAGUAACUUGUAAUUGCUCUUUAUUUUUGUAAGAGCUGUUGUCUCCUACUCUUGUAUUGCAUUGAUGUCAUGUUAUGCCCCAUGAUCAUGUCAUGGUUUCAAUGAAUUACACAUGUUUAACUCGAA